AUGCCUGAACCGAAACACGAACAUAUCUAUGGCGUUAAUAAAUGGCAGGAUUUUAGCCGUCGUGUUUUCGAUUAUAUGUAUUUUUACCCAGUAGAAUGGUUUCAUGACAAUGUUGUUGAACGUCUCAGAGGACCAUCUUAUCCUUAUUAUCAUCGAAAAUUUAAUCCAGUUAAAACCAUCGAUGAAUGUGAAAUUGAUGAUAAAGUCUGUUUUUAUGAAGCAAACCAAGCUUAUGAACGUGAUAAACGUAUCGAUACAAUAAUUAUAGAUAUAUUAUUUACACGUGCCGCUCGAUGUAGUAUCUAUGAAGGAAAACUAGAUGCUGAUACAACAUGUCGUAAAGAAUUAGAUGAUUUGUUUCAAGCUAGAUGUAAUUAUUAUCAAAAAUAUGGUGAAAUGGGUGUACCACACUCGGUUAUCGAUGCUUAUAUGAAGCAGAAGCAUCAUAUGGUCUACAUGCGGCGUCAUCCAGAUUAUGAUUUUAGCGGGGUUGAUGAUCAACGAAAAUUCGAAGCAGAGAGAAGGGCGAAUAUGAAAAAAAUUCGGCAACCGCUGCAUUAA